AUGUUGCUACCGUUCCUACUUCGACAACACAAAACAUGGAAGAACGCAGUGAUCCGUUUGUUCGCCAUUGCGCAGUUGGAGGACAACAACGUACAAAUGAAAUCCGACCUCGAGAAAUUCCUCUACCAUCUUCGUAUCGAAGCCCAGGUCUUUGUCAUUGAAAUGCCCGAUUCGGACAUUUCUGACUACACCUAUGAGCGAACGCUGAAAAUGGAAGAACGAACGAAAUUGCUGAAGAAUUUGAAUAAAGCCGAUCGUGAGAAGGAUCUACAGACACAUAUCGAAGAGGUUGUCAGGGAGAGGAAACUCAGCAAAAUCAACGAGGAAGAAGGGGUUACUGGCAAAUUCCAAUCUGGAUACAAUCCGUUCACGAUUGGAUGUAUUGGAAAUAUACGGCGAACGUUGUGCGGUAGCCAGUUCCCGUCAUUCACCAAAUAUGAAGAAGCCGCUGCCAAACGAACCCGAAAGAAUCGCUCUGCCGUGGAAGACGUAAAAGUGAAUGGUGCAAUGAAGAAAGGGGAUACUGAUGAAGUUGAUGAAACAACUGUGCUGUAUGUCCCUGAUAAAGAUGGAGUGAAAGACGGCCAUAUUCGGUUAAAACAACUACGAUUGGCUGAUAGCCAAUCAGUUGGAACGUCUUUGUCGCUUACCGGAGCAGAUCCACCUUCUCAACGAGAUCGUGACGGUUCCACGUGCAACUUGUUUGAUUCAGCUCAAGACAGUCCAAAAAUGAAUAGUCCAAUCUCAUCGCCGGUGUCAGAUGCUUACCAAGCUAGUUUCGAGGAAGCAACUCGUGAUGCUAUAACUCCCCAUAAAGAUGCUGCCAUCGCCGCCUCACAAGUUCUCAAUGGAGAUCGUUCUCGUCCGCGAGGAUUCGCGGAUGCUGUUCGUAUUCACGAUCAGCUCAGCUCACCAGCGAAAUCAGUGGCGUUGUAG